CCUCCGACAGGGAUGCAACCUGGCCCCGCUGCUGUUGUUCAACUUGUUCCUUGCCGCGAUCGAUGCUCAUGGUCGCCGUGGCCGAGUUCGACAAGGACCCCAAGGUGACGGCGGACAUGGUCAAGAUCGGGACACAAGUGGAGUACACGGGCAAGAAGGGCAGGUCGGCGGGGAGGAAGACGACGGUGGUGACGGACGCGGAGGCCUUGUGGGCCAUGCUCUACGCUGACGACGCGGCCAUCGUCUCGCGCUCGCCGGAGAGUCUCGAGAAGAUGAUGUCGGUCAUCGUGCGCGUGGCCGGCCUGUUCGGACUGAUGGUGUCGGAGCCAAAGACGGAGAUCAUACAGACCGGUUUGUGUACCUCGGACGUACCAUCUCCGCGAACGGGAACGCCGACCGGGAGAUCACGAGCCGCAGCUGCCGAGCGUGGGAGUAAGUGCUACCACCGGAACAGUGCUUCGAUGUACGACGACAGGCGACGGGCCGACCGCCAGCUCAAGAUCCGGCUACUCCAGGCUGAAGUGGUGGAUUCUCUCUUGUAUGGGUGCGCCUCGUGGAGCCUAACAGCGGAGCACUACUACUACACGAAGUUCAAUGGGACCCACCGCCAGUUCCUUACACGGUGCAUCAUCGGCUGGAGCAAGCCGAAACGCUCAGACCGCCCCCUGUCCUAUGCCCAGGCCCUCAUCCAGGCAGGCUGCGAGGAAACCAUCGAGGCCACCGUGCCCAAACAAACGGAGACUGUGUUUCGCGGGCUUUGUUAUUAUGCGCAUGGAGGACAACCGCCUCCCCAAGCGCAUGCAUGCUGCUAG